CCCUCGCCCAGAGCUCCCAGCACCAGAAAGCAGGAGAGGUAAGCACUGGGACCAGAGCCGUUUUUCAGUCUCUGCAUCAGUUACCACCGGAGCUGAAUGUUGCUGAGUCCACAGCAUCCUGGGCUCAUAGACGACGCUGCUGGUGAACAGCUUUGUACCCACAGGACCAGAUCAAUGAAGCUGGAUUUACAGCCUAAAAUUUUGCCCUGAAUCCAGAACGUUGAGGUUUGUUUUACAAUGAAAGUGAUUUCAUUCACUUUUAGAAUUAAGCGCUUAUUUUCUCCCCCCAGAUCUGUGGAGCUUCAGUAGGAGCACUGUAUCUUCAUUAAGAAAGGAUUUCUUGAAAAUCACUUGCGAGCCAUGACGCGGGAGGAACCAUUCAGGGAGGAGCUGGCCUAUGACCGGAUGCCCACGCUGGAACGGGAACGGCCACACCCUACGGGCUACAGCACAGACUCGGAGCCUCACGACCUUCAGCUGCCGAAGAGAGUGCCCCUAUGCCCCAGUGACAAAGCAGGGGUCUUCUCCAUGCUUAUGGGGAGCUGCCUCCUGGUGACUUCGGGCUUCUCACUCUACCUGGGGAAUGUGUUCCCUUCCGAGAUGGAUUACUUGCGCUGUGCCGCAGGCUCUUGCAUCCCCUCUGCGCUUGUGAGCUUUGCAGCCUCCAGGAGGAAAGUCAACGUGAUUCCCAACUUUCAGAUACUGUUUGUUUCCACGUUUGCUGUGACCACUACAUGUCUGAUAUGGUUUGGAUGCAAGCUAGUCCUGAACCCGUCAGCCGUAAACAUUAACUUCAACCUCAUCCUGCUGCUCCUGCUGGAGCUCUUCAUGGCAGCCACUGUGAUCAUCUCUGCUCGGUCCAGUGAGGAAUUCUGCAAGAAAAAGAAGGGCUCCAUCUCUAAUAGCUCCAACAUCUUGGAGGAAGUGAGGUUUCCAGCUCGGGUCCUAAAAUCCUAUUCAGUCGUUGAGGUGAUCGCAGGUGUCUCCGCCAUCCUUGGAGGGAUCAUUGCUUUGAACCUGGAUGACACAGUCUCGGGCCCCCACCUCUCGGUGACAUUCUUUUGGAUCUUAGUGGCUUGUUUUCCAAGUGCCAUUGCUAGUCAUGUGACAGCAGAGUGUCCCAGCAGGUGUCUGGUGGAGGUGCUGAUCGCUGUGACCAGCCUCACGGCCCCGCUGCUGUCCACAGCCUCUGGGUACUUGUCCUUCAGCGUGAUGAGGAUCGUGGAGACUUUCACAGAUUACCCACCAGCCAUAAAAUCCUAUGACCUGCUGCUGCUGCUGCUGAUGCUGCUGCUGCUGCUGCAGGCGAGUCUCAACACCGGCACUGCCAUCCAGUGCGUGAGCUUCAAGAUCAGUGCCAGGCUGCAGGGCACGUGCUGGGAUGCCCAGACUGACCCGCAGGAGCACCCGGCCGGGGAGGUAGCCAGAAGCCCCCUGAAGGAGUUUGACAAGGAGAAAGCCUGGCGAGCUGUGGUGGUGCAGAUGGCCCAGUGACUGCAGCAUGGGGAAACUGAGUCACAGUGUGGGCCUGGCCCAGUGGGUCACUGCGCAUAGACGUUAACUGCCCUUGGGCUGCUACCUUCUAACACAACUGCCGCACGGGCAGAUGGGGCUAUGCGGUGGUGUCCUCACGUCUUAUGUAGUUUAGAACACACGGCUGACUCCUUUGUGCCUAGCCUGGUCAGUCAGGUCAGCACUUCCCAAGUGGCCCAGGGCUCCUGGGGCUGAGGAAAGGCUUUGGUCCUGCCUGCCAGAGCCCAUACCUACAUGCUCCAGCAUGGUUCCCCACCCGUCUCAUGGCUUGGCUUGGGCCAGAGUCAGGUAUUUGGGUAGACGAGAGACCUCUCAGCCUCCUGUGUCAGCUCUCCCUGUGCCCUGUGUUGUACUCAGCCUGGCUUGGAUCCCACCCAUUCCAGACUCUUCCCUGGACGAGCCCAUGGCAGAGGUUGGCCUCCUGAUGUGGGGGGGAUGCAGCUGUGCACUUCUCUCCUGUGGCGGGUGUCACAGGGCCUCUCCUCCCACCUCAGCUUGCUGCCACUGCUCUUCGUAUGUGAAAUCUACAUCCUGAGUCUCUGUCCUUUCUGCUGAAAUCCUUGUGCAUGUCCCCAGAUGUAGUCAUAUCCAAUGUGCAGCUUCACUCGACCACGGUCAGUUCAGAGUUCUUUGGGGCAUGGCCAGGUCCAAGGCUUUGGAAACUGGCUUGACUGUGUCACUGUGACACAGUCAUGCUGGCCGAGGUAUCUAGGCGAGUUACUCCCAUAGUUACUCCCCUUACUCAAAAUGCAAGGUGACCCUGGUCAGAACUUGGAGUCCUCAUGGGGUCAUUGCUGUGCAUCUCUGACCAUGUCACCUCCCAAUAGGUGCCAUGGCUUCCCCCUCACUCACCCGAGGUCUGGCCUGGCCCAGGGACAUUCUACAUCACUGCAGCUUUGGGGUCUUGGGGGCACUUACAUGCUCUCUGCACAGCCUGAGUGGUCACUGCCCACCUGCUGGGCUGCAAGGACAGCUUGGGUGCGAGAAUAACCUUGGCUUCGAUUGAAAUCAUGGCCAAGAGCGGGUUAGUAUGCCAUCUCCUCACUCCGCAGGGACGUCCAGGUUCUCCCAAUUGGCCAGACACCAGUAAAGCCACAGAGAGUCGGGGGCACUUAUAAAACUGGGACUGUUGCUAAUGGUUUUACUGAUUAUUUUUCUGGCCAGUCCUUUCAUGCACAAGGCUACUCCUCAAACUGGUUUUGUAUCUUUUCUUCUGGUAUGAGGGCAUAAACAGCAGCAUUAAGGGAGAGGCUUUUUGCUUUUUCCUAACUUGGGGUGUACUAACUGGUUCCCCAGGGGCCAGUGGGGAUGUUCUUUGUGGCCUGAGGCUGCUAGGGUCAAAAACUCAGUAGUCUCAGCCCCAGAGACGAAGGCUGGAUGGGGGCAGGUGGGCCUGCACAGGAGCCUCCCAGGUGUCUCAUCUCUGAGCAGGACUGACUCUGGAUGCCUCUGGGCCCCUUGGCAUCAAACUUUAGGAAUGGGGAACACAGCAAGACAUCUGGAGAUGGGACCUGCCCUCCAAGGAAGCUCCAGGAGUCAGGAAAAAGCCAGGGGCUGGCCAGGCAAUCCCCAGACAGGACCACCACACUCACCCACACAAGUGCAGGCCCUUUGUGCUCAGGCUAGGCAGCCUCUGCCUUCCUGCACCUCUGAGGUGGGAGGCCUCUCCCUUCCCCAGCUGCUGGGCAGGAGUGGAGUACAGGGACUACUGCGGGGCUGACAGUGUUCUGGGGUUGGGGGUGGGGAAAAGAGAGUUCAAGUUCUACAGCCAAAAUCAGGCACCUGGGCUGUUAAUCCUGGCUCGUACUUUACUAUUUUAGAGUUUAAAAAAUAGUCUCUUUCAAUUUAUGCUUUUGUUUGAUGCAGUUUACCCUUUGAACAAUAAACACUAACAU